AUGGUAGCGGUGGUGUUAGGUGAUGGACGACAUUUAGAACGUCCACCUUCGAGACCAAAUUAUUCGUCGUCAAGGAGAAGGUCGUCGGAUUGGAAAGCUGGUGAGAGAGAUGGAAUAGUUGAGAAUAAAAUAACUGCCAAAAUGAAGCGGAAUACAACUAUUGUUGUCUCAGCGCAGCGAAGUGUGGAUAUCGCGGCAUUGAAUGAUGAUGGAGGCAGAAUGAGGUUACCACCACCGGUUGAAUCAUCUGCUGCGAACAUCUCUCAAGAAGCUUUAUGGAGCAGGGAGAUAUACCUGAGGAUGCUAACGAGCAUUGCCCAGGUCCUCAGUCUGAUUCUGCUGGAAAAUCUGAUGCAUGUGAAGGAUGCCCAAAUCAGGAGAUUUGUGCCACUGCCCCUAAAGGACCCGACCCUGGUACUCUCUUCUUUUAUCUUACGCUAUUACAUUUUUGACCAAUUAACAGUUCCAUUAAGCCCUUAA